AGUUUUGUUUUAGAGAGGGGUAGGGUGGUGUGUCCCGAGGCAGAAGGAUCUGUAUCUGGAUCAGUGAGUUCGAAAAUCCAAAGAUCCAAUCUCGACUCAGUUAUUCGCAGUUCCUUGCAGUUUCAUUUUGGUAGCACGUGACCCCGAAUCUCCACUUUUACUACGCAAAGCAACUUACCCACCACCACCUUCCCCCAUUCUCGCCCACUCUUCUCUGAUCUGUCUUCCUCGUGGACCAUUUUCUAAUUUUCUCCGCAAUUUCCAGCUAGUUCUUUAGUUUUUUUUGAAAUACAAGGCAAAACUGUUUUCUUGAUUGAUUGAUGUGCUACUCAUACAUAUAUAUAGUGUGACUAUGUGAACAGCUGUUUUCUUGAAGACUUCUCGCUCUUGAAAACCUGGAGUGAAGAGAAGAGAAAAAUGUCGCAGAAAUCCGGAGAUGAGUUCAUUUAUUUGCAUGGAGAUUUGGAGCUGCACAUCUUUGAGGCUCGUAAACUGCCCAACAUGGACCUCGCUACCGAGCGCCUGCGCCGCUGCUUCGCUUGCGACGCCUGCCGCCCCGUCGAUGAGUUCAACGGAGAGAGCGCCGGGGACAACCAGGAGAUGAAACCCUAUCGCCGGGGAAUCAUUACGAGUGACCCUUACGUCACUGUGUCCGCUCCCCAGACUGCACUCGCUCGCACUCGGGUCAUACCCAACACGCAGAACCCCGUCUGGAACGAGCAAUUCCACAUCCCGCUCGCGCACCCCCUUGCCAAUUUGGAGUUCCGGGUCAAGGAUGAUGACGUAUUCGGAGCUCAGAUUAUGGGCAAAGUGAAGAUUCCGGCGCAGAGGAUUGCCUCAGGAGAACUCAUCUCCGGCUGGUUUCCUGUGAUUGGACCCUCAGGGAAGCCUCCCAAGCCCGAUUGCGCACUCCGGAUCGAAAUGAAGUUCACUCCAUUUGAAAACAAUCCCUUGUAUAAUAAGCAUGGCAUUGUGGGCGAUCCUCAGCAAUUGGGCGUGAGGCGCACAUAUUUCCCACUCAGGAAAGGGUCCUCAGUUAAGCUAUACCAAGAUGCUCACAUCAGUCAUAAUGUGAAAUUCCCACCUAUCGAAUUGGAUGGGGGGAGAAUGUAUCAGCACGGCACUUGCUGGGAAGAUUUAUGCUAUGCAAUUUCAGAGGCUCAUCAUUUGAUAUACAUUGUUGGCUGGUCCGUCUUUCACAAGAUUAAACUUGUUAGAGAGCCUACAAGGCCAUUGCCACGUGGUGGGGAUUUGAUUCUGGGUGAUCUACUAAAGUACAAGUCCCAGGAGGGGGUACGAGUCUUGUUAUUACCAUGGGACGACAAAACUUCUCACGACAAGUUCUUCAUUAACACGGGUGGAGUAAUGGCAACCCACGAUGAGGAGACCAAGAAAUUUUUCAAACACUCAUCUGUGAUUUGUGUCCUGUCAACACGCUAUCCCAGUAGUAAGCUUAGCUACGUGAAACAGCAUGUUGUUGGAACCAUGUUUACCCAUCACCAGAAAUGUGUACUCGUGGACACACAGGCUUCUGGUAACAAUAGAAAAAUUACGGCUUUCUUGGGUGGUCUUGAUCUUUGUGAUGGUCGUUAUGAUACACCCGAACACCGUCUGUUCCGUGAUCUUGAUACUGUUUACAAGGAUGAUUUUCAUCAACCUAACCUGCCACCAGGGACGAAGGCUCCAAGAGAGCCAUGGCAUGACUUGCACUGCAGAAUCGAUGGCCCUGCUGCAUAUGAUGUGCUUAUAAACUUCGCCCAACGUUGGAGGAGAGCAACAAGGUGGAGAGAAUUUGCAAUACUAAAAAAAAAGAUGUCGCAGUGGCACGAUGAUGCAAUGAUAAAAAUUGAACGCAUAUCAUGGAUACUUAGUCCUGCUUUUUCUAUAACAAAGGAAACAACACUCAUUCCUGAAGAUGAUCCAAAACUUUAUGUAUCUGAGGAGGGGCAGUCAGAAAAUUGGCAUGUGCAGAUAUUCCGUUCCAUUGAUUCUGGUUCUGUGAAGGGUUUUUCCAAAAAUGUUCAGAUUGCAACAUCACAGAACCUAUUCUGCGGGAAAAAUUUGGUUGUAGACAAAAGCAUCGAAAGAGCAUAUAUCCAUGCAAUAAGAUCAGCUCAACAUUUCAUUUAUAUUGAAAACCAGUAUUUUCUUGGGUCAUCAUAUGCUUGGCCGUCAUACAAAGAUGCUGGUGCUGAUCAUCUCAUUCCUAUGGAGUUGGCACUGAAAAUUGUUAGUAAAAUUAGAGCUAAGAAAAGAUUUGCUGUAUACGUGGUUGUUCCAAUGUGGCCUGAAGGGGACCCCAAGACGGCUACUGUGCAAGAAAUUCUCUAUUGGCAGAGCCAAACAAUGCAGAUGAUGUAUCAAGUCAUUGCAAGGGAAAUCAAGUCUGCAAAGCUUGAUGCACAUCCCUCAGACUUUUUGAAUUUCUAUUGCCUUGGCAACCGGGAAGAAGCUGAUUCAGCGGCUCAGUCGCUUAAUGCCACAGAUAAGGUUUCAGACUCAUUUAAGUUUCAGCGGUUCAUGAUAUAUGUGCAUGCCAAAGGAAUGAUAGUGGAUGACGAGUAUGUCAUUUUGGGAUCUGCCAAUAUAAACCAGCGAUCUAUGGCUGGGUCAAAAGAUACCGAGAUAGCUAUGGGUGCCUACCAGCCUCAUCAUACAUGGGCAAAGAAGCAGCGGCAUCCUCGGGGACAGAUUUAUGGAUACAGAAUGUCUCUGUGGGCAGAGCACCUUGGAAUGCUGGAAGAAUGUUUUAAUGAGCCAGGGAAACUAGAGUGUGUGAACAGGGUGAAUGAGGUUGCUCGGGGAAACUGGAGAAAAUACACAGAUGACAAAUUCCACACCUUGCAGGGCCAUCUCCUGCAUUAUCCUUUAGACGUGGAUGCAGAUGGCAAAGUAUGUCCCUUGCCUGGGAGCGAAAAUUUCCCGGAUCUGGGGGGUAAAGUCAUUGGAACUCCGUCUGCUGCUCUUCCCGAUGUUCUGACUACAUAAUAUUUUACAGCUGUGAGAGCUUUUCUCUUCGGGUGAAUGCUCAUUGUUUUUUUUUUAUCAUGGUGAAUGCUCAUUAUUUUUUUUUUAUCAUGGUGAAUGCUCAUUGUUGGACACUUGGACUAUUGAAGAGAUCAUCAGUUGAAUAAGAUCGAUGUGUUAUUUUUUAUUUUUUCUGGUGCCGAGUAUUAUUCUUCCUAUUACUAUUGCUGUUAUAAUUGUUGUUAUAAUUGUUGUUUUUUAUUUUUCCUUUUCUGCAACUUGGUGCUCCAACUUUUAUUUACUAGUUUGGUGCCUCAACAAAAACGGUUUGUAAUGUGUUUUUACUGUAUAAAAAGUAUGUUCAGUAAUUUGUCA